CAGAUAAUAACAGGGAAGAAGAACAUAUUGAACACGCGGAAGAAUCACAUAAUGAGGUUUUAAAUACUAUGGAAGAUACAAGUCAAAUUAAUGAUUCGCAAAGCAUAGCUGAUUAUUCUAUGGAAAAUGAUCCAAGACUUAACGUUUCAAUUAAUUACUCGGAAACGUCAGAAAAAUUUUCUACUAGUGAGAAAGAUAUUAUAUAUGAUGUUCUAUAUGAUGAUUAUGAUUAUUGGUUGGGCAAUGACAAAAGUAUGCAAGAAAGUCAAAAUAAAACGUCUUUUCUGUCCGUCAAAAGUAUGCAACCGACAAGCAGUUUACAUGAAGAAGGAAAAUGUUGCAUAUGUUUAAGCGAAAAAUCUAAUAUACUUUUAAUACCAUGUAGACAUCUUUGUUGCUGCAAGACUUGCAUACAAGAGUUAACACAGAAACGUUGUCCAAUAUGUAACAACAGUUAUAGCGAUUAUGUACUUACAAUAAUAUCAUAAAAUUUAUCACAUUGAACUGUAAAAGCACUAUUUAUAUAAACUUUACAUUUAACAUGCAAAAUUUCCACAAUUCU